UGGUAGCCGACCCGAACAUAGUUGGGAAAAGGCUAGGCCAAUGAUGAUGAUCUUUUUUUCAAGGACAUUAAGGAAUGUAGAGUAAGAAGUAUGUAGCCCUGUCGUCAAAAAAAUGGUUUGAGCUCUAAAAAAAAUACGUAAAUAAAACUAACGAUCAUCUACGAAAGUACCCAAAAAUGUAUUUCGACUUUGGCUACAUUUAAGGAUGUGUCACUUCCAACUACAAUAUGGUUAGUUAGCAAAUGCAUUAUGCCUUAUAAAAAGUGAGUUAGUAUAAUUAUGUAAAAAUUAAAGUACUAUUCAAAGUAAUAAGAAAACACAAGGCAUUAUUUAUGGUUUUUUAUUACUUUACAGCAUAGCGAAUUCCUUGCACAGAACACAAGAGCAUUCCGUAAAACUAUAGCGAUACCCUCUAAUAUAAAUAUUUACGUUACUCUUGUAAAGCCUACAGGUAAUAGUGAAUUUCAGGUAUUUAUUGACCUUUAUUGAAGUUAAAUGUAAGAAAAAACGCUUUUAUGACGCAUAAUAGGUUUGAAGACUUUGUUUUGAAACGCACAGCCUCGGAAGCCAAUCAGUUUUGUCAAUCAAUUUGUGUCCAUAUAAAUCGCAGCGAGUGUAGCGAAUAUUCACUUCUUCAGUAACUUAAGUCGUGUACACAUACUAACAGUGGCGUUGUGAUUUCAUAAUUUUAUGAGUGGAGUGAUUUUUGUAUGAACAGCUUACAACACAAACAUCACCAUGAAGAUUUUGAUGAGAGCAGAUACUCAUUACAGCAUACAAUACACCGGCGAAUAUCAAAAAGCUAACUUCACUUUUUCACAGAUCCUUGCGGCUUUAGCAGUUUCAAUGGGUUCUAUGAUCAUCGGUUUCUCUUCCGCAUAUACUUCUCCUGCCCUCGUUACUAUGAUGAACAGUACGGAAAUAUCGGUCACACAAGAGCAGGGCAGCUGGGUUGGCAGCCUUAUGCCUUUGGCAGCUCUCGUCGGCGGUGUAAUAGGUGGCCCAUUAGUAGAUUACAUAGGCAGACGCAGAACUAUCUUAUUCCUAGCUCCGCCAUUCUUUCUGGGUUGGAUGCUAAUAGCAACCGCAAAAGUAAUACAUUUAGUAUUUACCGGACGCGCAAUUUGCGGUUUAUGUGUCGGAGUUGGAUCACUAGCCUUUCCCGUAUAUCUCGGUGAAACAAUACAACCAGAAGUUCGUGGUACCCUGGGCCUAUUUCCUACAGCAAUCGGAAAUAUUGGUAUAGUAGUUUGCUAUACGGCUGGAAAAUACCUUAAUUGGUAUCAGCUGGCUUACUUAGGAGCAUGUUUACCUAUCCCAUUUUUUAUUUUAAUGCUACUGAUCCCAGAAACGCCCCGCUGGUACAUAUCUCGUAGACGUCACGAUGAAGCCCGCAAAGCGCUACGAUGGCUUCGAGGCAAAAAUGCCAACAUCGAGAAUGAAAUGCGCGAUAUAGCUAUGAUCGACGAACAAUCAGGACAAGACAGCAUUACACUCAAAGAAUUGUUUAGCAUGACUUAUAUGAGGUCCAUACUAAUUUGUUUAGGAUUGAUGACUUUUCAACAAUUGUCCGGUAUAAACGCUGUUAUAUUUUACACAGUAAAUAUAUUUCAAAUGUCAGGUAGUUCGGUAGAUGAACAUUUAGCCACCAUUAUUGUUGGGAUAGUUAAUUUUAUUUCUACGUUUAUUGCUACAGCACUUAUUGAUCGAGCAGGCCGGAAGGUGUUACUUUACAUAUCGUCUGUGACUAUGACUAUAACGCUAGGAGUGCUCGGAGCCUUUUUUUACGUGCAAACUGAUAUGGACAUGGAUGUCUCAACAUUGGGUUGGAUACCAUUGACAUGCAUUAUGAUUUAUCUAUUGGGCUUCUCCCUAGCAUUCGGACCUAUUCCAUGGCUAAUGAUGGGUGAAAUAUUACCAGCAAGAAUAAGGGGUAGUGCCGCUUCACUUUGCACAGCAUUUAAUUGGCUGUGUACAUUUACCGUAACAAAAACAUUUUACAAUAUUCUUGUAGCUAUUGGUCCGGCUGGUACGUUCUGGUUAUUUGGUUCCAUUUGUUUUAUUGGAUUGUUCUUCGUGAUACUGUGUGUGCCCGAAACAAGUGGUAGAAGUCUCGCACAGAUAGAACGGGUACUAUCUGGUCUUGAGGUCCAGGGCUCCAAAAGUCGCGUACCGAGUGCAAUCGCGAAUAUGAAACCAUUACCAAGUGGCUGUUAAAUAUUGGCAAGACUAAACUUAGGUUGUGAAAUGUUUAAUUAUGGAAAAUUGAUCUUUAAUACCUUUGUAUUUUAUAUGUAGAAUAAAUUAGUGUUUGUCUUAAAAAAAACAUCUUAGAUCAUAAUUUUAACAAACAAAAAUGACUCAAACUCAAUUAAAUCCGAAGCUAUUGUAAAACUUCAUAAAUUAAUAAUGUAAAAAUAUUUUUAUUAAUGUGUUGUUCUUAUAAUAUUUUAAUCAUAUAAAGAAGAAGUUGGUUAUCUGUGGCGAGUGAGUAGGAGUGACUGCCAGUCUUCAAACUUAGCUUAAUUAAAAAUGGCUGAAAGUUUCUUAAUGCAACGCCAAAACAUAGACAUGAAGAAUCUCCAAGUAUGAAGUUACAAUAAUGGUUGCUUCACCUGUUGUCCCAAAUUUGUAAAAAAAGUAUUACUACAAUAUCAAUUUGUCAAUUUUCCUGGAUACUAUGAGUGGUCACAAUAUCAUCUAAUGCCAAAAACUUUAAUUGAGGCAAACCCACGUCAGACAUCCAAAAAUUAAAAAAAAAAAACUUAUUAUUUAAGUUUUAAAAUUAUUUUAAUAUUUUUGGCUGUUGCCAUGUUAUCUGGUAGCAGCUAAAGUAACAACAUUAAAAUUCACAUUAAGUCAGCGUUCCUUACAUGCGCUGGAUUUAAGUGAUGAUAAACUUUCAGCUAUUAUAAAAGUAAUAAGUUUAGAAUAAUUAAUUUAUUUGUUAAAGAUAUAAGUGAUUAUCAAACGCUGUAAUUUAAGUAUUAGGUAAUUAUGUUUAUAACUAGAUAAGAAGAAAAGGGAGCAGUUUAUCCAUUUGAUGUUUCUUUUUAAUUUAGUAAAAUAUAAUGUUUAUGAAAA